CCAUUCGCACAUUCCUCAUCGUUCGGUUUCUUCUACAUUCGCACGGGAGAAAUAGAGACGUGAUGGGGAAGACGAGAAGCAGUCGUGUCUUCGUCGGAGUUGGAACUGCGAUGGCAUUGAUGGCAGCGAUGGCGGUUUCGGUCUCAGGGCACGAUUAUGGAGAUGCAUUGAGGAAGAGCAUUCUCUUCUUCGAAGGGCAGAGAUCGGGCAAGCUGCCUCCAUCACAGAGAAUGACUUGGAGGAAGGAUUCUGGUCUUCGCGAUGGAGCCCAAAUCGGCGUCGAUUUGGUGGGCGGUUACUACGACGCGGGCGACAACGUCAAGUUCAACUUCCCCAUGGCAUUUUCCACCACAAUGCUCGCUUGGAGCGUAGUUGAGUUCAGGGGGCCAAUGGGCCCGGAUCUCCCACACGCGCUCGACGCGAUCCGCUGGGCCACCGACUACUUCCUCAAGGCCACGAGCGUGCCCGGGAUCGUGUUUGCACAGGUUGGAGAACCUUAUGGCGACCACAACUGCUGGGAGAGGCCUGAGGACAUGGACACCCCUCGAACCCCUUAUGCCGUGAGUGCACAGUUCCCUGGCUCAGAAGUUUCGGCUGAGAUUGCCGCCGCUUUGGCCGCUGCUUCUUUGGCUUUUAAACACGACGAUCGUCCCUAUUCAAGGCAGCUUCUAAACCGUGCUAAAACGGUGUUUGAGUUUGCGGAUAAGUACAAGGGGUCGUACAACGACCAUCUCGGACCAUCGGUGUGCCCAUUUUACUGUGAUUUCAGCGGUUACGUGGACGAGUUGCUUUGGGCAGCAUCAUGGUUAUACAAGGCGACCAAGGCACCUAAAUACUGGAACUAUGUCGUGGAUAACAGACAUUAUCUGAACUACUAUAACUUGAAAACCUUCUACUCCGUUCCUUUUGUAGGCGGUAGCUUUGCCGAGUUCGGGUGGGACACAAAGCAUGCCGGUAUCAAUGUCCUAUCUUCCAAGGUUGUCUUGAAGAAUAACAACUACACCGAUAACUUCGUGGUCAAUUCCGACAAGUUUGUAUGCUCUGUUUUGCCUGAAUCGCCGACCAAAUACGUCAGCUACUCCCCUGGGGGACUCCUAGUCAAACCAGGAGGGAGCAACUUGCAGCACGCCACGGCUCUGUCCUUUCUUCUCGUCGUCUAUGCUCGCUACCUGAACAGCACCAAUCAGGUCAUUCAAUGCGGCGAUGUAAAGGCCACUCCGGACAGGCUCAUUCAAUUAGCUAGAGGCCAGGUGGACUAUAUAUUAGGAAGCAACCCGAAGAACAUGUCGUACAUGGUGGGAUAUGGCGGGAAAUUCCCUCAGAAGAUCCAUCACAGAGGCUCUUCCUUGCCGUCCCUAGAUCAACACCCGCAACGUAUCGGUUGCAAGGAUGGGGCGCCAUACUUCGCGAGCAGCGGCCCGAAUCCAAACCAGCUGACCGGGGCCGUUGUUGGAGGGCCCAACAUCCAGGAUUGGUACGACGAUUCUAGAGUCGACAUUGCACACUCGGAGCCGACAACAUAUAUCAAUGCUCCUCUCGUUGGUGUCCUGGCUUUCUUCAAUAAAUAACAAUAGGGCCAUAAAACGGGAAGAUGCAAAAGGAACUCAUCAACCGUCUCCCCUGAAGUGCAGAUCCCUGUAUCUUCGCCUUUUCGUUUUUCCGAACCAACAGGAUUACAUGCAUCGUACAUAGGUGGAGACUGGUUGCGUGGACGACCGCAACAUGUGAAAUCAAAGGAGAAAAAUAAGUUGUUAGACCAACUCAAUGAUAGAUGCUUAUCUUUCGAAUUCAUUGGAUUUUGACAUAUAAAUUAUGUCCUUUUAUUGUGUUAGCAGAUAUGUACUAUGAAAUGCACGAUGCGAUGUAAUUCAUAAAAUUGUGAAUGCGUGAAUAAAACGUAAACCGAGACUUGAAA